AAGACCGAUGUAACGGAUCGCGUGUCAUUACUCUUGCUCUCCAAGCUCACCCCGCUCCUUUACCCCCGAACGGACUUGGUCCACCACUUGAUCCGCCCAGGAAGGUCCAUCUAUUGCUCGAGCACCGCGCAUUGCACCAGAUCUACAAAACCGCGUCUUUACCAUCUCAACAAAGCAAUUGCGAGUUUUGAACUCGCUCGCCGCGGAAUCAACAUACCCCAAAAUAUAGUCAUUCAGCCUGGGGUACCUUUUUACUUUGUUAUACUUCUGCCAUUGAAGAAAUCAAUCUCGAUUGAGCGAUUUGGUUUUGCUUACUGGUGUCACAAUUGCUUGUCUCGAUGCGGCCGCAACGAGAAUACCACAUUGUCGUGUUAGGCGCUGGAGGAGUGGGUAAAAGCUGUCUUACCGCGCAAUUCGUUCAGAAUGUUUGGAUCGAAAGUUAUGACCCGACAAUUGAGGAUUCUUAUCGCAAACAUAUCGAAGUCGACGGCCGACAAUGUAUAUUAGAAAUUCUUGACACAGCGGGUACAGAACAGUUCAGCCAAGGGUUCUUGCUAGUCUUCUCCAUCACGAGCAUGUCUUCUCUUAACGAGCUAGCUGAAUUACGAGAACAGAUCGUCCGUAUCAAGGAUGAUGAGAACGUCCCCAUUGUUAUCGUUGGGAACAAAUCGGACUUGGAAGAGGACCGCGCGGUACCCCGUGCUCGCGCAUUUUCUCUAUCCCAGAGCUGGGGCAGCGCUCCGUAUUACGAGACUUCGGCUCGUCGACGAGCCAACGUCAACGAGGUCUUUAUCGACCUCUGUCGGCAGAUCAUUCGAAAGGAUGCACAGGGAAGAUCAGAGGACUACGAACUUGCGCCGCGCAAGCGUGAGAAUACAAGCCGACAGGAAAGAAAGCGAGGAAAACGGCGAGAACCCAAACGAAAGGGGCCUUGCGUGAUUCUAUGA